GGACAGGUAAACACAGAAAAGGUGGUAAGCGCACAACAGGAAGCCUCCCCACAGGAAAAGACACUGUGGAAGGCUUGAGGAUGUACGGAGACAAAAGGGUUCUGGAGAGGACCUGAUGGCAGACCAGUAAUACCACCUCAGAUAAGGGAAAGAGCAAUGGUGGAGGCACAUGGAGUAGGACAUGUGGGAGUCACACAAAUGAUGCAUAAUCUGAGACACUGGUGGCAUCCAUACCUAAAAGACGUGUGUAAAGAACACAUACAAAGUUGUGAACAGUGUGUACAGUACAAUCCCAGACCAACAGUGAAGCCACACCCCGGGCGUUUCCCACUGGAGACUCGAUCAGGUAAAGAAAUAAUAAUCGAUUACACUGACAUGAUCAAUCCAGUAAGGGGGUAUAGGUAUCUCCUCAUGUGCGUGGAUGCCUAUACGGGGUGGCCAGAAGCGUGGCCGACAAAAAGAGAAGACAGUAAAACGGUAAUUAAGUUCUUAAUAAACCACUAUAUACCUCAACAUGGGUUUCCGGAGAGAAUCCGGUCGGACAACGGAACCCACUUUAAAAACCAAGACCUCCAACAGGUGAAACAGAUGCUGGGUCUGCAGCACAAGUUCGGUACAGUGUACCACCCACAAUCCCAGGGAAAAGUGGAACGAAUGAAUCAAUCAGUCAAAACCAAAUUGGCAAAAAUUUGUGCACAGACCAAAAUGAAUUGGCUCGAUGCAUUACCACUAGCACUCAUGGCCAUUAGGAGCUCCAUUAACCAAAGCACGGGUUUUACGCCAUUCGAACUGCAGACAGGGAGAGCAUUUCCAGGACCUCAGUCUCAGUUACCAGCAGGGGCAGUAGAAAUGUCUGAGCUAACCCAUAAGCUGUAUUUCCAUGAACUGCAAAGUCUCGUUACAGCGUAUGCGAAACAGGUUGGCGACCAGCAGGCGGGAAAACACGACAGCCCCGGACCAGACGUGGACUGGGUGCUGCUAAGAGUCAUCAAGAGGAAGUGGACGGAACCUCGGUGGACUGGACCGUAUCAGGUGACAGAGAGGACAUCACACGCAGUCCGGCUGAAAGGCAAAGGCGAUACCUGGUACCACUGGAGUCAGUGUGCAGCUGCACAGGCUCCCACCCGAUCGCUGAGGAACACACACAGGGACCUGUGUGCAACAACCAAGGCACCGGCGAGUGCUGAAGCAAAGCCCACCUCAACAAAAGGGGCAGAAUAAUCCCCAGGUGGCAAAAGGGGGUGAAGGAGUCAAACCUGAACCCUAACGGAGGAACGGUGAAAUUAGCGCGUUCCUCCCAACAAGUAGCGUGCCAAGCUACCAACGCAAGCGUCAGAUCAAGAUCACGACGACAUCAAUGAACAACAUCCAGUUGAUAACGUAUAUUGUGUUCUUAAUUAUCGUGUUUUUAUCCUUUUAGGUGGAGUCAUCAGACUCCUGUGCAAUAAUCUAGUUGAUAUACCAUAAUUGUACGCCAUUUGCGGAAUUGUAUGACGAGCCACACACGGGUUUAAAGCUCCACUAGAGGUCACAAGCUAUCCAUAACCCCUCAUUAGUGUCACGUGAGAGCCAGAGGCACACGUCAGAAGGUUUAGCUUGCUUUUCUUAUAAGAAUCUACUCGAAAUGUUGCUAUACGCGAAUUGGAAGGUGCUCAUCCUAGCAGGAGUUGUCGCCGUAGCUGUUGUAGUAAUUGUGUUCAGCAUCUAUGAAUGGGGGCCACAGCAGGAGCAUAAUAGAGGAAGGCGAUCAGUGAGUGGUAAGUCCACUGACGCCUGUAUAAAACUUCCCUCAUGGCUAUACAGAACAGAAUGGCUCUCGACAUGAUUCUGGCCGAGAAAGGGGGUGUAUGUUCCAUGUUUGGAGACAUGUGUUGCACAUUUAUCCCAAACAACAUGGCACCAGACGGAUCUGUAACCAGAGCCCUGGAAGGCCUGAGAGCGCUCUCGAACACAAUGCACGAACAUUCCGGCCUCGACAACCCCAUGGAUGAGUGGUUUGCUAGCACGUUUGGUAAGUGGAAGAGUUUGAUUUUAUCCUUAUUAAUGUCGAUUGCAGUAUUUACAGCCAUCCUGGUUACAUGUGGCUGCUGUUGCGUGCCUUGUAUUCGGUCUCUAAUGGUCAGGUUUAUCACUACUACCAUAGAAGGUAAAUCUCAGCCACCGCCUUAUAUGAUGCCCCUCCUUCAGGAUGAAGUGGAGAUGGAGCUGGGAGAUAUCAGGGAUUCGUCUGCAGUUUAAAUGUCUGAUUUUAUACGCUGGGCUAGCUUGUGUUGAUCUCUUUGUAGAGAUCAAAAGGGGGAAUUGUGGGAACAGUAAAAUGUAUGCGUGCUUAUGAGUGCCUUAAUAAUCAGGUUUAAUUACUAGAAGUGAUUCACUAUGCAAUAUAUGGGACAUAAUCACUGGAACAGAAUACACUGAACAUGUACCGCGUGCAGAAGUGGAAAAACACUGGAAGGCCGAAUGAUAUGAUUGUAUUGAGAACAACAUGUACUUAAAGGUCACAAUGUAUUUUCUGAAGAUGUCUCGCGGGGGGAGCAGGACACGCCGGACCACAAUCUAACAGAGAAAGUGUGUCAAAGAGGAGAAGGAGAUGAGCCAAUCAGGUGUUUACUGUAGUAAUAGAAAAGAACU